CGACGGCGGCAGGAGCGCGUCCCGGCGCCGCCUGGGGCUGCGCUCGGCGCGCGGACUGUGAGCAGGAGGCGAGCGGGGCUGGCGCGGGGUCGGCGGCCGGACGCAUGGCUUAGGACGCCCCGCCGCCGCGCCCCAGCAUGGGGAAACUUCACUCGAAGCCGGCCGCCGUGUGCAAGCGCAGGGAGAGCCCGGAAGGUGACAGCUUUGCUGUGAGCGCUGCUUGGGCAAGGAAAGGCAUCGAGGAGUGGAUCGGGAGGCAGCGCUGUCCAGGCAGCGUCUCAGGAUCCCGACAGCUGAGAUUGGCAGGCACUGUUGGUCGAGGCACCCGGGAGCUCGUGGGUGACACUUCCAGAGAGGCGCUCGGUGAGGAGGACGAGGACGACUUCCAGCUAGAAGUGGCUCUACCACCUGAGAAGACCGAUAGCCUGGUCAGUGGAGAUGAGAAGAGAAUGGAGAAACUGAGUGAACCUGGCCCUGGCUCCAAGAAGCAGCUGAAGUUUGAAGAGCUUCAGUGUGAUGUUUCUGUGGAGGAGGACAGCCGACAGGAAUGGACUUUCACUCUGUAUGACUUCGACAACAACGGCAAAGUCACCCGUGAGGACAUUACCAGCUUGCUGCACACCAUCUAUGAGGUGGUUGACUCCUCUGUGAACCAUUCACCCACAUCAAGCAAGACACUGCGGGUGAAGCUCACUGUGGCCCCUGAUGGAAGCCAGAGCAAGAGGAGUGUCCUUUUCAACCAUACUGACCUGCAGAGCACGAGGCCCCGAGCGGACACCAAGCCUGCUGAGGAGCUUCGUGGCUGGGAGAAGAAGCAGAGAGCCCCUCUCAGGUUCCAAGGUGACAGCCACCUGGAGCAGCCGGGCUGCUACCACCAUUGUGUGGAUGAGAACAUCGAGAGAAGAAACCACUACCUGGACCUGGCGGGGAUAGAGAACUACACAUCUCAGUUCGGACCCGGCUCCCCUUCAGUGGCCCAGAAGUCAGAGCUGCCCCCUCGAAUCUCCAAUCCCACUCGCUCUCGCUCCCAUGAGCCAGAAGCCGCUCACAUCCCACACCGGAGGCCCCAAGGUGUGGACCCAGGCUCCUUCCACCUCCUUGACACCCCAUUUGCCAAGGCGUCAGAGCUCCAGCAACGGCUCCGGGGUACUCAGGAUGGGAGCAAGCACUUUGUGAGGUCUCCCAAGGCCCAGGGCAAGAACAUGGGAAUGGGCCACGUGGCCAGAGGUGCAAGAAGCAAGCCUCCACUGGUGCCCACCACCCACACUGUGUCCCCCUCUGCCCACUUGGCCACCAGCCCAGCCCUCCUCCCCACCCUGGCACCCCUGGGCCACAAGAAGCACAAGCAUCGAGCCAAGGAGAACCAGGCGAGCUGCCGGGGCCUGCAGGCCCCACUGGCUGCAGGAGGUGCCACCGUCAUGGGGCGAGAGCAGGUGAGGGAGCUGCCUGCUGUGGUGGUGUAUGAGAGCCAGGCUGGGCAGACUGUCCAGAGACAUGAGCACCACCACCACCACGAACAUCACCACCACUACCACCACUUCUACCAGCCCUAAACCCCACCAGGCCACCACAUGAAGGACCCACCCCACGCCUCAAGGCAUUAUUAUUCUAUUAAUUAUUGUUAUUAUGACAAUUAUUGUUAUUAAUAAUUAUUGUUACUCCACUAAUAUUUAGCUAGCCUUCAUGUAGAAGAUAUAUGGAAACACAGAACUAAACUUUUAUUUAUAUGUUGUGGGGAUUAUAUAACUCACCCGAGAAGUGACUGGGUUUGGAAGGGUCCUUGGGCUACCCCAGCUGCAGGGUCCACGCAGAUCUUCCCAAACCGCAGGAGCCCUCAGCCCAGCUGCCCCACUCCAGCUCUUCCAGGAGAGCCCCCUUGCCUGGCUCAGCUUCAGAGACCCUCAAGAGCUCCAGAGGACAACAGCUGCUACCUCUCAGUGUUAUUCUGUUUUGACUUCGCCCUUAACUGAUUGUACCAUGCCAUGGGGAUCUCAGUGGACUGCCGCCGUCACGACGAUGUCUCCCUGCCCUUGUGUUCUCACACCUCAACCUAGACACCUUAGCUGUGCUUUCUGGAGUUACUGCCUCACCUAGGCCCAAGACAGUCCCGUCCUUUUUUGUGGGGGGGGCGUGCACAAUGUGGAAGCGCCCCUCCUCCUCCUGUGCCCCCCCCCCUUUGCUUUUGAAGGAUGCGCCUGUGUUUAAUGAUUGUCCUUGGAGCCAGCCUGCUUCUUUUGGAAACUGCUCCAGAGAGAAGCGACCACAUAAAGAAGCGUGGGUUCCCAAGAUGGCACCAUUGUAUGACGGAGGGUGUGAAACCUGAGUUUGCCAUCAGCAAAUACACUUGGUGGCUCUCUAGCAGCCUUUGUAUCUCUAGGUAGAUGCUGCCUGUCCGUGUCUCUGUACCUUUCUAGAAAUACACUCUCAGGUAUCUUUGCUGGUGUGCAGAAAUCACUGCGCUGCUCUGUGGAAGCUCCUGCAACCCAGAUGGACCCCAUGUGUUACGCGAGGGCCGCCUGUCCAUCAGACACAAGCAGCCACCUCCCUCUUAUCAGAGGUCAUGUCUUGGGGUUUGAAGUCUGCAGUUUUGGAGAGACUGCUUGGGUAUAGAAACUUAGAGUGGAAUGGGAUGGCACCUGAGACCCUGGGACAGGGUAUUAUUGGACAAGGGCCCAGGGAGACCGGAAAAAGACCGUUGUCACAUAGUUGGGGCCCCUAUGUAAACAGAUUACAGUCCCAGGUUGAGUACUUUGAGGAGGGCUGACAAAGGGUGACUGUCUACACUGGAGCAAAGGUAAAGAGAGCAGAACCCAGACCAGCGCUAAGCUGCCCCUGUACCUGAAAGGUGAGGCUCGCAAGGCACCUAGGAGCUGAGACCUCCAUUCAGGGAAUGUAGCCAGUUGUGUGGGACCCCCAGGGGUGGACGUCCUGGCUCCCUCCCCUGCCUUUUCCCCAUCCUUCUGUAGUGGCAUCUGCUGAAGGUCUUGGGAGGGAGUAGCAGCUGCACAGGCUUUUAUUCUUGAGGGCCUGGAGAGAGUCUGACCCCAGAAGGAAAUGAUCGCAGCUGUCCGUCUGCCCCUCUGUCUCCUGAGUUUAGCAUGGGUGGUAAGCAUGUACUUCUGAAGGUAGUGAGCAUUGGUUGUUUUUAUGGUGUUAAUUUUCCUGGUUGCUUGGGACUGGUUGAUGCAGUCCUCAAGACGGCACUAUGAAGCAACAGGAAGUAGAAAUCCAGGGACUGCAUCUGAGGCCCACUGGAGACACACACACACACACACACACACACACACACACACACACACACACACACACACACACACACGGUAGGUGACAGUCCCGGGUCCUCCUCGUCGUCAGGAUCCCUAACACUGUGAAGGACUUGAGCCCUGGCUUUUCCUCACAUGAAGCUUUCCGUUUCUGUUUGACUAGAAUCCAGCUCACAGGAGGUGACUGUAACCAAACCAAAUGGGCAAGGCAUUGUGGGAGCUGGCUUCGAGAUGACAGGAUCCAGUAUGAACGAAACAGUUUUCGUCCCUGGGUCACCCUGUGUGAGCAGGCCUGAGCUGCUGGCAUUCUGGGUCCAGGACCAGGAGGAAAGGACUUUCUAGGAGACAAAAGCCUGGUGAGGGAUGGUGCUGGACUGGGUUUGGAUAAGGUAGUCACCCCUGGACCAAUCAGCAUGGCCCACCUGGUAUGUGCCCACUUGCCGCAGGAGGCAGGGUCAGCACUGAGGACAGCAGGGGUGGGGUGGGGGUGUAGCAAACAACAAAACAAGACAAACCCAAUGGCCUCCAGGCCCAGAGCUGCCACAAGCAGUGAUGCCUAGGGAGUGGGAGCUGGCUGUAUGACAUGGAUCCACGGCCUGGGGAAGGAGGUCCCCUGAUGCCCCAGGAUUUUCUCACUUCUUGCUAACUUUUCAAAGUCACUUACAAAAAUAGUACCAGGUUCACCCGUAAAAGCCCAUGGAAGCUUAGAGUAAAAGGUAACUCACCAGGCUCCAUCCCAGCAUCCAUGUCCAGAUGCCCUCCAGGACCGUGGGUGCGGUGUGGUGGUUGGGACAUAGGCUGGUGCCAGGCUGCAGGGACUCAAGGCCGGACUCCCUUUCCUCACAGCAUGUACUACUGCAAGUGAAAUGCUAUGCCUUGGUUCCUCCCUUGUGAGCACUAUCCAGAUGCUAGCUGUUCUCAUGACUAGAAUAAAUGCAUUUUAUAGAAUAUC